UCUCUGUAUAUACACAUAUGUGUACCAAAAUUCACUAACGUCGAUAACGAUGAAACGUUCCCUACUUUUUGACGAUCGCCUCUACGUUAUCGACACUUUGCAAGUUCGUUGACGACUCCAGCAUCUCCUUAAUUUCAACCUAUAAUAUAUCGAUUAAAUACCUUUCGUAGGAAUAAUUCGUUCUCGAGCAAUCAAAGGUUGUGAAACCAUUGAAAUCGCGACAAAAAAUAAGUCGAUGAAGCGAACAAGAGCAGCUGCAAGAAAUCAGCAACAACAUGCAAUUGAGGAGAAUCCUGAUGAAGGAGUAAAGUUGAUGAAGAUGCAAAUAACUCCAAAAGUGGAAUCGAGUGGAAAAUCCAAAUUAAACCUAAAUUCCUUGUGGAGUCAAGAUAGCAAAAAUGUGCAUAAUAUGGCUAAUUUUUAUACUGCUAAAUCUUCCGAAAAGUUGCAAAGCAUUCAAGGAAAGCCAAAGACAAAAAUUCCUGUUAAAAGUUAGUAAUCGAGAUGAGGGAUUGAAACUAAAUACAAAAGUAAACAAAGGAAUACCAAGAGCUGUUGUGGACUUGCAAGUGAUGAAAGAGGAAUUAAAACAAUUGGAAGACCCUCCUAUAACACCUUGGGAGAAGGAAUUGUCCGCUGGAAGAUUGCGAUAUGAGUUCUUUGAUAUUCCCUGCGAGGAACUUGCACAGCAGUUAUUAGGUAAAGUGCUUGUACGUUAUCUCAAGAAUGGGACCAUUCUCAAAGGUAGAAUAGUGGAGACUGAGGGAUACUUGGGUGCAAUUGACAAGGCAUCUAAAACUUAUCAGAACAAAGUUACACCUUGUAAUAUACCGAUGUACAUGCCACCAGGAACCAUUUACGUUUAUAUGACAUAUGGCAUGUAUCAUUGCUUCAAUAUUUCUAGCCAAGGUGUCGGAUGUGCGGUACUGGUGCGAGCAGUCGAUCCUCUGAUUGGUAUCGGACACAUGGCUGAUCAGCGGAAGCUGUCGGAGACGAGGAAAGCAAGUUUAAAACCGCAUGAACUGUGCAAUGGCCCAUCAAAACUCUGUAUGGCGUAUCAGCUUGACAGGCAGCACAAUAAGUACUCUGUUUGUACCUGGAAGUCUCUGUGGAUUGAAGAUGACGGCGCGUUGUCGGACUUUAGGAUUAUCAGGUCCGCUAGAAUUGGAAUCGACAAUAGCGGCCCGGAGUGGGCUAGUAAGCCCUUGCGUUACUACGUCUACGGUAAUAAGUCCGUUAGCAAGAGAGAUACGAAGGCAGAAAUGGAGAUAGUUUCUUAACAAUUUAUGGCUGAUUUUGACGAUUUUAUCAAAGCCAAUUCAUACUUUUUUCAUGCUUUUACACAGAAAUAGAUCGAUGUCGGCAUAUUGAUUUUAAUAAUACUUUAAAUUUAAGUCUUUAUAAAACAGAAAAACGAUGUUUGUUAUUUGAAUCCGGAUGUUAGAUAUUACCACUAAUGAAUAUAGAACGCAAACUUGCUGUUAGGGGAAUAAAUCAGUAUUAAUGGUACUAUCAACACGUAAAGAAUCUUAUUUAAAUUACAGAGUAAUGACUAAGUUAAUUGUAUAAGAACUAAAAAAAUUGUAGAAAUAAUAAACAAUUAUAUUGAGGAAUUAAAUUAUAUA